AUGACAUUAUUUGAUAUUAUUACUUCCGGAACCUCUUCCCGAACCCGCUUCACUCAUGAAUACGAGAGGUCCACCAGUAAAUUUAACUUGGCAGCAAAUUUCAAGCGUCAAGUAGUAAAAUUUGUCCACCACUUGAAAAGUGUCUUCCACAAUGAUUAUCCUGAAGAAGAAGAAGAUACUGAGAAUGCGUCAGUUCUGUACAUGCUGCCCAGCUACCAUCUGAGUUUUACCAAGUCUUGUAUUGUGAUUGAAGAUUUGGUGUUUCCCGGAUUAAAUACAUGCAAUGCCACCGCGGUUACGCCAGUUGAAUUGAUGUUGUCCGGCCUCUGCUGGCAUGUUAUGAAGAAUUGUAAUGCGACUGGAUAUCUGCUAUUACUUGAAUUGAAUGCCGCAGCGCAACAAUUGGAUACUAAUGAAUGUUUGGUGCAGCUGAAUUUGAGAAUUGUUGUUAAAUCGCCCAGUCAUGCUUUGCCGAUGUUGCCUAAUUCAACCACUGUGGGAAGUUUGGACUCCUACAAGCAGAGGCCUUUGAACGAAGAGAAUUCUGUUGAAUCAGGGUACAUUAGGCUUCAGAACGAAUUUAGGAUAGUAGUGGAAAACUUUUUCCAAAAUUUGGAACACACAGUGGAUAAGUAUCAGCCACUUUUGAAUGAGUUAGAGCAAUUGCGUCGAGAGGAGUCUGAAAUUACGAGCUCAAUCGAAAGACUUAUUAGUUCAGUUCGUGAUUGUCCGGGAAAAGGCAUCUUUACUGAAGAAAUUGGUGCAUUAAUGACUGAGUAUGAGUACCAAGGUCAAGAAGCCUUCAGAAGAUUGUUGUUGAGUAGGAAAGAAUUGGUAUCAUGUGAAGCGGUUGAAAAGUUUUUGGCCAGUAUUAUGUCAUUGCAAGUGAGCCAGGAAUUGCAGUCUUCUGGCGAAAGGCAUAGUGAUGGUCCAAGUUUGAAAUGGUGUAAUGUACGCAAGAAUAUUUAUGAUUUUGAAUUUCGAAAUAGUGAGUUGGGUAGGAGAGAACCAAGGAUGCUUGCUGAUAUUAAGGACAAUAUAGUUGAAGCUAAGGCUAAAUUGGCGGCAUCAAAGGUUCUUGUUGAUGUAUAUUCAACCAUACUCGACGUCCACAAGAAAUGUGAGAAACAUAAAUUUAAAAAAACGAUCAAACGAACCAGGGACAAAUUCAUGAAAUUACUAUCGGAGGAUAUUGAAUCAGUGAAGAGGAUUGUUGGUGUCAGAGAGUCAACCCAAGGCUACAAAUUUGAGAUAAGACAUUAA